GACAGUACCGAACUUUAAAUCUGUCCUUCUGGUAUAAAGUCCUUUUCAAGACCCUUCAUUUUCCACAACAAGAAGUCAGAACUUCCAUCGUUUUUGUUUCUCUGCCUUCUGAAGACUAGCCAGGGUCUGUAAUGGCUACAUCUUCUCUUGCAAUUUCCCCAAGAAAACUCCGAUCUGAUCUGUAUUCCUAUUCCUACCAAAAUGACUCGAACACCCCACUAGUCAUUGCUGUUCUUGCCUCUCUUAUUGAGAGAACCAUGGCAAGGAAUGAAAGAAUUGUCAAGAACUGCUCCUGGGCUUUAUCUAAAGAUACCAGAACUCGAGUCUUUGAUUGCCACGAGACACCAGACUUGACAAUUCAAUCGUAUCUUGAGAGAAUUUUUCGAUACACUCGUGCAGGACCUUCAGUUUAUGUUGUUGCCUAUGUUUACAUCGAUCGGUUUUGUCAGGCUAAUCCAGAGUUUAGAAUCGACGCAAGAAAUGUACAUAGGCUUCUUAUUACUACUAUCAUGGUGGCUUCUAAAUACGUUGAGGACAUGAAUUACAGGAAUUCUUAUUUUGCAAGAGUUGGGGGAUUGACUGCAAAUGUAAUGAACAAGCUGGAGCUUGAAUUCUUGUUCUUGAUGGGUUUCAAAUUGCAUGUAAAUGUAAGUGUUUUUGAGAGCUAUUGCUGUCAUUUAGAAAGGGAAGUAAGCAUUGGAGGUGGAUACCAUAUAGAAAAGACUCUGAGAUGUGCAGAAGAAAUCAAAUCAAGGCAACAAGAAGAGAAAAGAUACAAUCAGAUUGCUCGAAUUAUGUUGUAGAGUAAUUUUGCUCUUGCGAUUUUGCCUGCCAUGAUGGGUGCGGGGUAGUGUAUUGCUUGUUUGUACAUACUGAUGUGUAAAAUAUGUCAUGAUUUCUUGGCAUCAUGGGUUUACUUUUAAAGUAAAUACAGAUUGCAGAGUGAUGUAGAAUUAUAAUUUGGAUUUUGAAAGAGAAAAAUCACUAUCGAUUUGCUCAA